AUGGGGUUCCAUCCGAAUUCAACCAAAGUAAAGAAAGUAAAGCAUAAUAAACUUACUCAAUUGAGACAGCAUGAUGACUUAAUAGAGGGAGACAACAGAGACAUUGAUGAUAGCGAAAAAGAAGGAAUUGAUUCUAUAAAAGAUACCACUAAUGCAAUUCCCCCAAAUGAUGAGUUUGUAUUAGCUGUCCCCAAAAAAGAAGAAUUGAAUGAGACUGAAAUUGAUGAAAAGUUGAAACAGUACAACGAGUAUGAAAGUGGUUUGUCGAAGGAGGAGAAAUCAAGAAAGCUACAGUACUUGCUACAAAUGGAUCUUCGGAAUGAGAAAUAUAAAUACUGGCUCGACCAGGAGGACCCAUUUUAUCAAGAUCCAGCCAAACAAACCAUCGCUCUUGACUCCAUAAUCGAAGCAGAACAAAACCGACUUCAGUUACGAAUUCAAAAUCGAGUAUAUUUGAAAGAAAUUAUUCGUGAAUGGGAAUCACAGUCGAACAAAUCCAUUGAAGAUGACUUGCUACUAAAGGAAACAAAAAAGGGUAUCGUUAAUCUUUUGUACAAGUUGCGAAGUGACGGAUUACCAACAGAGGCACUAGUAUCGCUAUCAACAAUAAUCUAUUACUUGCAGUCAAACCAGUUCAACAAAGCCAAUGAGAGUUAUAUGAAAUUGAGCAUAGGUAACGUCUGUUGGCCAAUUGGUGUAGUAAACGUUGGGAUUCAUGCAAGAAGUUCAAGUCUGAGAAUAACGGGAGCCAAGAAUGUUAGUAAUAUAAUGAUUAAUGAGUUAACACGGAAAUGGAUUAUAAGUGUUAAGCGGCUUAUCAACUUUAAAGAAAGAAUAUACAAUGAUCUAGAGGAUAAGAAGUGA